CUGAGACCGGGGACCUGUCCACUGAGAGUAAAUACGGGGACUCGAGCCGAUUCACAGAGCGCAUUUCUUUUCUUCUUCUUUUUAUUAUCGAUUCACCGGAGUCCGCCUCUUUCUCUCUCUGUCUCCCUCCAGGUCGUUCUGUACACUUUGCCAUAAACAUGCAGAGAAUAUCACGGCGUCUCCCUGAACGCAUCGCAUCGACCGACGCACCAUUAUCCCGCGUCGCUCGGCUCCACCCCGCCCCCCUUUGGUCCAACAGCCUCAGAAACAGGAUGUUGAUGCUGGACGGGAUGCCUGCAGUCCGAGUCAAAGCUGAGCCCCUGGAAUCGGAACAAGGGUCACCCAAAGUGCGGCCGUACUCUGCGAUGGACGGCGUGCCCUUCUUCCUGAGCAGAGUCAAGGCGGAGCCCCCGGAGGACCUGCUCGCCCACGACCUUCACUUCCACGCGCAGACGGAGCCCGUGGACCUGUCCAUCAACAAGCCCCGCCCCUCCUCUCUGUCCACCACCCCGAGCGCCGCCUCGGCGUCCUCCCCGCUCCGCUACGCCUUCUCGCCGUCGUCCUUAUCGUCGUCGUCCUCCUCCUCCUCUUCGUCCUCCUCGUCCUCGCCGUCGGUCAUCACCUCGGCGGCGGCGGUGCUCACGCCGGGCCCCCCGGCGGCCCCCGGGGGCGGCGGGAUGAGGGGUCAGCCGUAUUUGCACAUCCUGCACUCCGUGGCCCCGCCCCCGUCCGGCCCCCUGAGCCUGCACGGGGCGGCGGGCAAGCUGGGCGUCCACGUGCACCGCAUCCCGGUGGUGGUGCAGUCGCUGCCCCUCAUGUACACCGCCGCCAUGCGAUCGCCGUCCAGCCUCAACAACGCCAUCAUGCUACCUCUGCUGGACGAGGUGAAGAGCCAGGGCAAAGCACACACGAACCACAGGGGCCUGUCGCCGAGGCGGAUCAAGAGCGACAGCGACGACGACCUGCCAAACGUGACCUUGGACAGCGUUAAUGAGACCGGCUCCACGGCGCUGUCUAUAGCCCGCGCCGUACAGGACUCCAUGUCUCCGUUCAAUAUCGAUAGCAUCCGGCGCCCCCGGAGGUCAGAGUCACCCGAUUCCAAAAAGAGGAGAAUUCACAGAUGUGACUUCGAGGGCUGCAAUAAGGUGUACACAAAAAGCUCCCAUUUAAAAGCCCACCGGAGGACACAUACAGGGGAGAAGCCAUACAAAUGCACCUGGGACGGCUGCACGUGGAAGUUCGCCCGCUCCGACGAGCUGACGCGGCACUACAGGAAGCACACGGGGGUGAAGCCCUUCAAGUGCGCAGACUGCGACCGCAGCUUCUCCAGGUCCGACCACCUGGCCCUGCACCGGCGGAGACACAUGCUGGUGUGACUCGGUACACGGAGAGAGAGAGAGAGAGAUCAAUGGAACAGACACACAUGAAUACACACACACACACACUCUCACUCACACACACGCAGACAGAGGCAGUCGUGGGAGCGGGAUCUCCCUACGAAUGCUUUUCAGCUGGCCUGGACGCACACACACACACACACAUGCACACACACACGCAUGCACGCACACACACGCACUAUCAUCCGUCACCAGGAAAGGAGGCGGCAGGGUGCACGGGUGGAGCACUAAACAGGGUCACUUCUGGAACCCCUUUGGGUUGGAAGGAACGGACGGCGGCAGGAUCUGUUGUUGUUAUUCUUUGGAGAACAACAGGGAACUGUCUUCACAGCACUGCGUGUACAUGUUUCACUUUGACUUUUAAAGAAGAACUCGCACUCUUUAUUCGGACAAAAAAGCAAAAUAUAUAUAUAUAUC